AUGUUCCGUUUUGCCAGCCUCGCAAGACCGCUUGCAAGAACAGCGCCUCUAGCGCUCGCAGGCUUCUCCCUAAACUUCAUUGCCAACGAUACAGCAAAAGCUGGAAUCGACGGGGUGGACGUGGAUUCGGGAAUUGAUCCUUUUCCCACACAGCUCUCCAAAUCCAACUGCUCCGUCGUCAACAACGUGCAAAAGUUGAUCGCCACAGGCGUGCGUUCCGUCACCUUCAUCAGCUUCAAGGUGUAUGCCGUGGGGCUCUAUGUUCCCAAGAACUACGAAAGCCAGAUCGGCAAGACCGUCGGGCUCUGGCUGAAGGAAACAGGGAAAUCGCCAGCGGAGCUUUUGGAGGAUAAGCAAACGUCGCAGGACAUGUUGGCGGCCAUGUCGGAGAAACUCAACUACACCAUCCGAAUCACGCCGGUGAGAAAUACGGACUUUGGGCAUUUGCGUGACGGCUUCGUCAAGACGAUUUUGGCGUGUCCAAUGGCCAAGACGAAAAGAGAAGAAGUGGCUGUGGGCGUGGAGCAGCUCAGAGACGCAUUCAAGGGGUUCAAAGGAUCGGUGCCCAAGAACCACUCGUUAUACUUGGUGAGCGAAAACAGCACCAUCACAAUGCACUACGAGGGCAAGAACGGCGACGUCAAGACGCUCGGCAAGAUCACCGAGCCCAGCAUAUCACAGGUGCUCUUUGUGCUGUACUUCAGCUCGGUGAAGCCCAUCAGCGAGCCGCUUCGCAAGAGCUUCGUCGGCUACGUCACCGCCACGGUAUAA